UUUACCUUUUGGUUGUGUCAUCCUCUUUUUUACCCAACCUUGAGUAAAUUCUACUCAUUUUUAUUUAUACAUGCAUGUAUAAUAUGAAAUAUGCUAUGUGAAGUUCCGUUUAUGGGGGGUUGACUGCAUUGAUGGUGGUGAUGAGGCAGAUGAGACGAUCGUCGUCGUUGUUGUUGUGUGUGCGUAAUAAUUGUGAGGCGAGAUGAGACUUGGUUGCACUUUUCUUAGAGAGGUUUUAUUUAUUACUUGUACAAACAGGCAGAACUCUGCCUCUCUCAAUAAUAUUGGGAGAGGUAACAUGCAGUAGCACAGAAUACUUCCUCGACCCGUCCUCCACCGUUCCCCCGUCUGGUGGCUGCGCUUUCGCUUAUAUAUCCUAGCAAUACCUAAUUGAUACCUAUGUGUUGACCGAUUAUUAACCGGUUGGCCACGCUGAAUAGAGAUAUCUCAGAUGAGGUUGUGACGAAGCUGGUUUGCAACAUUGUCUCUUGUUUGUAAGAGAUGAUGGAGGUGAGUGGCAUAGUAAUUAAGGGGUUUGGCAUUAAUGAAGUUGACCAAACCUGCUCUUUCACAAUAUUCACCUCUAGUAAGCGGUGGCCCUACCGCAACAAGCGAAAAAAAUGCGAGAUGUAAUUCAGUCAGAUUCUGUGUACCUACUUGGCGUCAGCUUAUUCAGAAAAGUCAGGAAAAUUCGUCAAAAAUCUAGAUGAUGACGCCGCAGCAGUUGGUACGGUGGUAAGUGGUUAUCGUAGAGAUGUCUGUAGAUUGGGUCUGUGUUUAUUGAUUUUUAUUUGUUUUUUUUUGUUGUUGUUUAUAUUAUUAUUUAUGUCGUUUUUUGUUUGGGGGGUGGUUGUGUUUGUGUUGGUUUAUUUUUCUUCUCUCUUGCGAGUGGAGAAGUAAUGGUGACAUGUGUUUAGGAGGUGGGCCCCAGAACUGAGAUGCAGCCGGGUAGUAGUGGUGGAAGAGGGGCAACAGGCGGCAGGAAUCAUCAAGUCCAAUAUUCGGGGCCGGUGUCUUCGGAGGAGGAGAACGACUUGGAGGCGUUGUUUGUUAAGGUGAAACGUGUCCGGAAGGAGAAGAAGUCUUCCACUGGUGCAGGUGAGGAGACCGAGAGGAGCGCCAACCAGGCCGGUGGUAGCGGGAGGGUGAUGGCGGAAGGAAAAACGAGGAUAAAGGACAGGUCGAAAAAAUGGUUUCGGAGGAGGUGUCCAUGUGGCCAUGUCUUCAUCGCUAUGGACCGAUGGAGGUAUCACCUGAAGAACUGCAACGGGGGUUCUUGCAAUCCAGGAAGAUGUCAUCUGAUAGGAUGCCAAGGAAAUCCUAAUCCAGAAGUAGAUUAUCGUCGUCGUAGAUAAGUUUGUGUUGUGUCCAAUAAUUUGCACUAUUUCCAAUAAUUUGUAGCUGUGGUAAAUUGUUUGCUGUCUAAUAUUUCCAAUAAUUUGUAACUGUGGUUAACUGUUUGCUGUCUAAAUAAAUUUGACAAAAUUUUCAAUAUUUCCA